CAGAAGAAAAUUAAACCAAAGCAGCACCAAGAAAAGCUUUCUUGACUGACAGUGGAUUGGGAGGAAGUAAUUACAAAUAAGCAACAUCAUGAAAGGCAAAUUAACUGAUAAGCAGUCUUGACUUGCAUCUUCACAGGAAAGCUACCAGACUGACCUGGUGUCUACCAUCUGGGCUCCAGUCAGGCAGAACUGUGCUAACAUUGCCUGGCUGGAACUGGAACAGUCUAGCCCAGGAGACAACUAUUACAGCCCUGGAUGCAGCCCUGGGGCGUGGGCAGAGCGCUCCACCAGUUAAAGAUGUAAAUGUUUGGAAAAUGGAAAAGGGAGGAUCCUCACCGAGGUUAGAACUCUUCAUGAUAGAACAUGGUGGCAGCAGUUGAAUGACACAAAAAUCCCUAAGAAUGAAGUAAAGAAGCUGCAGUCUGACCUGAGAGAAGUGCAUCUAACUUGAAGACCUUGAAUACACAGCUGGAGUUCUCCUAAGAAGCUCCAUUACAGGUGUGGAGGUGAAGGGCAGAAGAAAUACCCACUGUGCAGAGUAAAAGGACUCCACCAGAGCACGUGGAGGUCCAUUGCAAGACCUGAUUGAAAGCAGAGUCAAAGGACCUAGCCAGAUCACAAAAAGGCACUGUGAAAGAAUGGAAAAUCUCUGUCAGGUUGUAUAACGUUAUGUUGCAAACAUGAAGGUGACUGGUGCUGUGUCAAACCAGCUGGUGUUCUUUGCUGCACUGUGGUGUUGUGUAUGUGUGACUGUGGUAAGAAGCAAUAACCACACACUCAUCUUUCAAAAAGAAAGCAACUUCCGCAAUUGCAGUUGCUUCUCCAGCAUCCCAGACUGCAGUAUUGCUCUUGCUAACCUUGCGUGCAACUGUAAGACUGUCUACUCUAAAGAUAUCAACAAAGCCAGCCCAAACUUCAGCUACGGCAAUGAAUUAGUCGUGUGGGUGUCAGAUAUCGCUACAGUGGGGCUGCUGCUGAAUUACUCAUCGAUUCCAAACCUCCGGCUUUCUUUGUGCAGCCGCAAUGCUGUACUCACAGAAUAUCUCAUAAUCUUUGGCCUGAAAAAUCUCUGUGUGACAAAUCCUGAGGCAAAUGCCUACCCACUGCAAAACAUUACGAUAUACAACACAGCUGGGGCAGCUGUCAAGUCAUCCUUGCAGAAUAACAUUGGAUUUUCAUUUUACAUUUCAUUCUUAAAUAUGGCUCUGUUAAAUGGAGAUUCUAAAUUAAAAGCAUACUCGGUGCCAAAUGUCACAAACAUUGCAGAAUAUUUUCCCGAUCUUCAAUAUGACAUCACUUCUCUGCCUUCUGAGGCCAACAGUUCUUUUGUUACAUUCAUUUAUGUUUAGGAGCCAUGCCGCAAACUCGCUUUUGGACAUUCAAAAAAGUGCAACUCAGAUGCUGUGUUUGCAAUUAUCUAUUUAUGCACAUGUCUGGGAAAUGUUCAAGCCCAGAAGUUCCCUUAUUCAUUUCAGUAACUUUUAUUUCUGUUUUAAUGCUAUCUUUACGUAGAAACUUCAAAUAUGGACAAGAAAAAAUGUGACCUCACCAAACCAUGGGCAAUCAAGUGGCUUCACUGCAAUUGUUUGGUUAGGAAUAUAGCUUGAAAGAGAAUGUUAGUCCAUGAUAGUAACUUUCAAGGCUUCAUGCAUGAAAAUAUCACAUUACAAAAAUCAGGGUAUUUUUUCAAUUUACAGCACCUCAAAAUGGCAUUAACAAUGACAUAUAUUGUUGAACAAAAGGGAAAUGACGUCAAAGCUUUUUUUCUUGCACUCAUCAGGACAGGCACAAGAAUCCCAAGAGCUCAUCCCUCCGGCUGUUCACAAUAGGUAGAGUAUUGACCGUACUCAACCAAUCCAUGCUCAGAACAUAAUGUCUAAUGUUAGGUGUGAUUCCAUGAUUGGGUAGCACUUGCUGAACAAUCCUGACUGUGCUAAGAAUGACACUAACAACCAAAGUAAAAUUAUCAGCCAGGAUCGCACAUAUACUUGCUAGAAGUUACAUAAUUUCAUAUGGAGGGACCUAUCCUCUGAAAGCAAAAGAAAUAUGUCCAGACAUUGCACCUUUUUUGAAUAAACAAAAGUAUAGGGGACCAAAGCUCCCUAGUGCAUUCCCCAUGACAAUGUCUUGACCAUUCGGAGCCAACUAGCUUGCCAACCAAUCAGCACCCCUUGUCUCAUGCAGUAUAAAUUGUUGUUCCUUUGAAAUUUGGCAUUCUUGCAUCUGUCCGGAUAAGUUCAAGAUGAAAAGCUUCAACAACAUGUCUCUAUUUUCAGCAACACUGAAGUUUUGUACCACCAAAUGACUAUUAGCAAAAUAUAUAACACUUACAUGAUUGUAACAUAUUCAAUUCUAUUUCUACCAGGUUUGCAAGAUUUCUGUGCCUUUCUGCACCUUAUUCCUAUAGAGGUUUUUGGGACAAGUGAACUCAUUUUAAUGUCACGUGAAAAAGAUUAUUAACAAUAGCAUAUAUACUGUACUGAUAUGUAAGUUGACAUCACCUCCCUUCUUUCCAGCCAAAGCCCUGAAAUAAGCUAUAAUCUAAGUGCACCCUCAUCCACCACGCUUUGCAAAGGGAAUUUGAUUUAAUGCAUAGCAACUGUUCCACUGCAGCUCAUAGAGAGGGAGCAGGAAUCAGGAAACCUGAGAUAGAUGAGCAGGAAAUCUGGAGACUGAGAGAGAAGACAACAAAUGACUUGGAGGCUCUGAGAGGUGAGCAGCACUGAAGUUUCCAAAGUAGAGAGAGCAAGAUUGAACUAGUAGCAAAUGUACUCCUCAGAGUAAAAAUAUUUGUGUGAUCAUUUGCAUAUAAGAUCACCCACUACUUUCAACCCCUAAAUUCCUAGUCUUGUAUACAAACAUGUACAAACAUGUUGUUUCUGUUGACAACACUAGAUUUUGCACUGAAGGUAUAGUUUGGUAACAGUGUAGUGAAGGCCUGACACUGGAAUUCUAAUGACCUGUCCAUACAGAAAAUGUGUUAUUUUACAUAUUAAUAUAUAAUUCUAACAAUACACAAAUUCAACCUGA